AUGGACUGUCACAUGCUUAUGAUCUGGGUACUCUCCACGCUGGUAGAUGCCUCUCCCGACAGUGGCGAGGCCAUCAACAUCACCACAACCACCAUCAACGAUACUACCCAGGCCCCGACAAUGUUACUGCCUGACAACCUCCUGGCGAGCCUCAGCCCCAUGCUGGACAUGUACCUUCCACCGGCCGUCAGAGACUUCCUAGUGUCCUGUCACCGAGCAAUCACCAGCUGGCUCGGCUUCGAUCCCACAAUCCUCCUAUCCCUGGGUCCUAUCGUAUGGGCCGCCAAAAGACUCUGGUCCGAGGUAAAAAUGCUGGUGGUCGAAGACAUCAUCUGCAACUGGUUCACCGCCAGAGUCGAAGUCGGUGACGACGACCCGAUCUUCAUCCACAUCAUGCGUUGGGUCGCCAUCCAGCCCAGCUCAGCCAAGACACGCUUCCUUCAAGCCGACACCAUAGCCGGCAGCGCCGACGACCAUGACGAGGACGACGAGGCCGGAGCUGCAGCCGCUGCCGGAGCUGCCGCUGUCAAAACCGCUAUUACCACCACGGCCACUACCGUCAUCACCAGCACCAGCACUACCAAUACCACAGACCCUUCUAACACCACUACCACCGCCAAAAACAAGAAAAAACAAGCCCCCACCAUCCUCCCCAACGGCGAAGCCUGCCUCAACUUCUCCACUCACAAGCACCAAAAACCCCCUCGCUUCCUCCCCGCCGUCAACGUGCCCUACACCUUCACCUUCGCCGGCACCUACUUCUGGCUCAACCGGACGCGCUCCAACAUUGCGCACCAGUCCGAGUGGCGGGGUCUUUCCAUGCGUCGCGAGGAGAACCUCGUCAUCACCUGCGUCGGCUUCUCCGCCGGGCCCAUCAAGAACUUUAUCCAGUUCACCAAAGAAUGGAACCACAACCGCCAGGCGGCCACGACCGUGGUGCGCCGUCCGGCGCGGCCCGAGAUGCGCAUUUAUGGCGGCCGACAUGUCUGGGCCGAGGUGGCGGAUCGGCCCAUCCGGCCCAUGGACACGGUGGUGUUGGACGAGAAGCAAAAGUUGAUGGUGUUGCAGGAUAUGAACGAGUAUCUGCACAGGGACACGGCGCAGUGGUAUGGCGAGCGGGGGAUCCCGUUGCGCAGGGGGUACCUGUUUCAUGGCCCGCCGGGGACGGGCAAGACGAGCUUGAGUUUUGCGCUGGCGGGGGUGUUUGGGCUGGAUAUCUUUGUGAUCUCGCUGUUGGAUCAGAAUCUGACGGAAGACGAUCUGGCGAUGUUGUUUACGAAUUUGCCGAGACGUGAGAAGAAGAGGGCACUGGAGGUGAUAUUUUUGGAGGGCAAGUUGGCGAGGAAGAAGAGGAAAGGCAAGGGAAAGCAGGUGACGGCGGAGCAGGGGGCUCUUGAGAAGGAACUGGCGGAGAAGUUGGCUGCCUUGAAGGAGAUGCUUAAAGAGGGUAAUGACGAGGAAAAGGCAGAUGAGAAGGUUACUGACGAAAAGAAUACCACUUCUGAAAAGGAGGAACAGGAACCUGCUGCCCCCGAGGGCGAAGCGAAGCCCACCUUCUCUGCACGCGACGACGGCGAACCCGGUGAGAAAAUGACAAAACACGAAUCUAGCAGCACCACCGACAAGAAGAAGAAGAAGAAGCCCAUGACGGCCAAAGAGAAGAAGCACAAGAAGAAGCAGAAGAGAAAAAGGAUGUCGAAGACGUUCGCUGCCACGUCGCUUCAUAACCUGGACUUGAUCCGGAGACAGUACGGUCGCAGACGGUCGUCCCCAUACGACCGAGAACGGGGCAUUUCGCUAUCAGGUUUACUCAACGCCAUCGACGGCGUUGCCUCGCAUGAAGGCCGCGUGCUCAUCAUGACAACCAAUAAGCCAGAGAAGCUAGACGAAGCACUACUUCGACCGGGCAGGGUUGACAUCCAGAUCGCGUUCCUCAACGCCACGCAGGAACAAGUCAGAGAGCUGUUUGAGAGGAUGUACGAAGCCGAUGUGGUGGACCCAGCCACGGUAACAUUUACCCAGGUUGGGAAUAAACUCACAGCUAGCACCACAUCGGCAGCUACUACAUUGCCUCCAGUCGUUCAUUCUCCUCAUACGGGGGUUACCUCUCCGGAUGGCACCGGCACCGGCACCACCGCUGAGAAGGAUGAAGAAAAACAACAACAGCCCCCCAUAGACCCCAAGAUCGUUGAUCUCAAACUCCUCGACAACAACAACAACCUCCGCAAGUCCUCCGUCAGCAGUUGCUCUAGUGACGCAACUGUCAUUGGCGAAGAGGACAACGCCGCUGCUCCUCCUCUUGUUCCCACCAUCACCGCCGCCGCCGCGGCGACAGCCAAAGACAAGGAGAAACAACAAGAACCAGCAGAAGAAAAGACGGAAAGUCCCGUCCCUCUCCACAUCAAUCCCUUAACUAGGCAAGAACUCCAAAAGAUCGCAAGGGAGUUUUCCCUGAAAAUCCCGGCAUCCCAGAUCCUCAGUCCGGCGGAGAUCCAGGGCUUUCUGUUGAGGCGCAAGAAGGACCCCAGAAGGGCGUUGGCGGAGGUGGAUAAGUGGGUGGAGGAGCUGGUCAAGGCGAAGGAGAGUAAGAGCAAGAUUUUGGAUGCUAAGGCUAUUUGA